UUAAUGAAAUUUAAAAUUAUAUCCAUGCUCUAUGCCUCUAUCUCUAUGAAAUAAAUUAAAUACAAAUAUAGUAUUACUGUAAUACUCUAGAUUCUUAUAUCAUUAAAAACUAGCGUGACUAUAUUUAAUACCUACAAGUAUAUUACCUCUAAAUAAUAAUUACUUUAACUUCAUUGAUUAUAGUGGAUGUUGGUAAUCGACUGCUGAAUUGACUGUUAGUACUGGCCAAUAUUUGAGUUACUCUAAAAAAAGCGAAUUGACUAAUUGAACUGAUCAAUACAAAAUUAAAUCAUGUCAUCUAAAGUUGAAAAAACAAAGAAACCAUUCGAUAAAAAAAAAUGGAGAACAAAAAAAUACAGCAAUAAACAAAAAUUUCAAGAAUGGGAUGAGCGUCGCAAAAAGGCUGUGAUUCGUGAUUACUACAAAGAAUUAAACAAAUCUGAUAAUGAAAGAUCUUUAGAUACAUUAAAUGGUAAAGAUAUCGAUCUUACUAAACAGCAAAAGAGGCCAAAUCCGUAUAAAGAAGCACAAGAACGGUAUAAUCAAAUCCAAGAGGAAAAAAAAACAAGACGCUUGGAAGCAUUGAAAAAAAAAGAAGAAAUUAAACAAGCAUUAGAAGAAUAUAAACAAAAAAAGAAGUUUAAAAAUAAAAAACUUGGAAAAAAAACAAAAAAAGGACAACCAGUUAUGAAAGAAAGAUUGGAACUAUUAUUAGAAAAAAUACAAGCUAACAUUAAUACAUAAUUAUUGUUUUUACUUUUAUUUAU